AUGAAAUCCUCGAGCCGUACCUUCAGUCAAACAACAGACCGACCCAGCAAUCCCAUACACAGAUUAUCAGAAGUAGUACCGCGAUUCCACUCACUUAACUUUUCCUCGGCGGCGAAUCAAGCCAAAGCAGAAGAUCGACGCGGCCAGCUUCUUGAGCAACUAAUUAAGCAAAAAUAUGAAGGAAAGGUUGCCGAGGAGAAUAUUAGCUUUAUUCGUGAUUCGUUCACCAGUUUUAACGAUAAAAUUAAAGAGCUUCACAAGGAUACGGGUGUGCCAAUAGCUUCGAAGAAAUGGGGCAAGGAUCUCGUUGUUGAGAAUGGUACGAAUUCCGAGGUUGAUGAAAUGGAAGAUGAGGUUGAUGAUGACAAAUAUGGCAACUACAAUAGUGAUGGUGGAACUGUAUUCCGUCGACUUACUACUCAAGAGGAAGAAGAAGAUGAGGAACACUGGCGCAAAACAGUGACCGCCCUCCCGCAGCACAUGACGAUCACCAGUUAUUAUGUAGAGAUGGGCUACCAGAUGGCUCCUACUCCGCGAGUGAAGGAAAUCGAAGAACAGAACCCGCAACUUCCUUCGGGGGAAACCUCAGUCCAGGGCAAACCUAAAGACAAGAAGUGGGUACCACGUAUGCCGAAUAAUAAAAGACCCGCAACACCAUCUCCAGCAAAAACCAACUCAAAAUCCAAUAAAGCACAACUAUACAACACAGAAGCAUUUCCCAAUACCGAAAUAAUCGCGAGAAUAGAAGCAUCAUCACCUCUCAGCUCAUUAAAGCCUCCUCCUAAACGUACCAAAACAGCAUCAUCACCUCUGUCUGGACUACGAUUUGGCCCUAAGCCACCACCUCGUUUCUUCUCUGCCGAGAAUAAUUUGUACUGCAAUGGCCGCUGGAGGGUGGGGAGGGGGGGAGGAACCAACUUUCUUAAUGUAGAAGAAUAG